CGGACUUUUAGUAAGAGUGUGUGAUGAAUUCAACAAUGCCUCUAAAAUUUUUGAUAGGGGAGAAACUGCAUACAGUUACUCCUGAUGAUGUCACACCAGAAACAACCCUUAAUGCAUAUUUAAGGGAAAAGGUGCAAUUGAUGGGAACAAAAAGGAUGUGUUUGGAAGGUGGAUGCGGAUGUUGCGUUGUUGCCGUUGAACAUGUCGAUCCUGUUACCAAAACUAAUAAAAUAUUUGCUGUAAACUCUUGUUUGGUAUCCAUUUUCUCAUGUCAAAACUGGAAAAUUCAUACGAUUGAAGGAAUUGGUAACCCCAUACAAGGCUAUCAUCGACUCCAAAAAGCUCUCGCUGAAGGAAAUGGCAGUCAAUGUGGCUUUUGUUCAGGUGGUAUGGUAAUGAAUAUGUUUGCGUUAACUAAAAAUGGACCUGUGUCUGCUGAAACUAUUGAAAAUUCCUUUGGAGGUAAUAUUUGUAGAUGUACAGGUUAUCGUCCAAUUAUUGAUAGCUUCAGAAAAUUUGCAACAACCAAUAUUGAGGACAUAGAAGACUUUAAGCUAUGUCCUACUGAUGAGUGUCAGAAACUAUGCACAACACCUUGUCACAAAUCUAAACCAACAACACUUUAUGAUCAUCAAAAAUCAAAGUGGAUGAAGGUCUAUAACUUUAACGAUCUAUUAGAAACGAUUAGUGAAACAGCAGAUACUUACCGACUGGUUGCAGGAAAUACUGCACGAGGAGUUUAUAAACAUGAUCCUCUUCCAAAGACCUACAUUGAUGUUACUAGCGUAUUAGAGCUCAUCAGUUGGAAACUAGUGGACAAUACACUAAUCCUGGGAGGAAAUAUAUCAUUGAAUGAGACAAUACGUAUUUUUCAAAACGUAUCCAAGCAGAAUUCAAAACUGCUGUAUUUGGGCAAACUUGCAGAUCACAUAGAUCUCAUCGCAAACGUACCUGUCCGAAAUAUUGGAACUAUUGCCGGAAAUUUGAUGUUGAAACAUAUUCACCAAGAAUUUCCCUCUGAUAUUUUUUUAAUAUUGGAAACCGUUGCCGCCACUCUUGUAAUAGUGGAUUCUCAUGAAAAUGAGACCAGGGUAACACCAGAGCAUUUUCUUAAAAUUAACAUGAAUAAAAAGUUGAUAAAACACAUAAUUUUUAGUGGAACUGAUGACCAACACGUCUAUACCAGUUAUAAAAUAAUGCCCAGAGCUCAGAACGUCCAUGCAGUGGUAAACGCCGGAUUUUUCUUCAAAUUAAAACAUGGUGUGGUUUCUAAAUCAACCAUUGUUUAUGGUGGAAUUAAUUCUGAAUUUGUGCAUGCACGUGAAACAGAAAAAUAUUUGAUUAACAAAAGUUUAUUUGACAAUCAAGUUCUGCAAGGUGUCUAUGGUCAAUUAGAGAACGAACUCAAGCCCGAUUAUGUUUUACCUGAUGACACUCCUCAGUUCAGAAAAAAUCUGGCCAUUGCAUUGUUUUAUAAGUUUGUUUUGAGUAUUGCACCUUCUGAUAAACUAUCGGAUCGAAAUAGGUCUGGUGGAACUCUUUUACAAAGGCCUCUAUCUUCUGGGGUGCAAGAUUACUCUUCAAAUAAAAAACUGUACCCGCUAAGUGAACCUUUAGUCAAACUCGAGGCUUUAGCUCAAACUUCAGGUCAAGCUGAGUAUAUAGAGGAUAUGCCAGAUCGUCCUGGACAACUGUUCGUACAGUUUGUAAAAGCAAGAGCGCCCCCCAGCUCCAUGAUUAAAAAGAUCGAUCCAUCUGCAGCUUUGAAAUUGCCUGGUGUCGUGACGUUUUACGAUCACAACGACAUCCCAGGAGAGAACAACUGGACACCGAAAAUAAUGGGGCCGAUCGUUCAAGUAAAAGAGGAGCUAUUUUGCAGUGGGAAAGUUCAGUAUUUUGACCAAGCGGUCGGGAUAAUUGUGGCCAAAUCACAGGAGAUAGCGAACGAAGCCGCCGAUUUGGUCGUUGUUACUUAUACGGCCACUGGUCAAAAGCCUUUGCUGAACGUACGUGAUGUUCUUAACGCACCUCAAGAUGUUCAGAAUGAAAGAAUUAAAGUUGUGACCACACAUAAUGCUAAAAGAAAAGGAAACGACGUGAAAAAGGUGGUAAAAGGGGAGUUCUUUAUUGACAUGCAAUAUCACUUUCAUAUGGAGGUGCAGUGCUGCAGUGUAGUACCGGUUGAAGACGGACUUAAUGUCUAUUCAGCUACCCAAUGGAUGGACUCAAUUCAAAUAGGAAUUGCUAACGUUUUGGGAAUAUCUCAAACAAAAGUUAACAUGCAGGUGCGUCGUUUGGGCGGAUCAUUCGGAGGUAAGUUACUACGGAACGGAUUAGUAUCGGUAGCAGCUGCAUUGGCCGCCGCCAAGCAAAACAAACCUGUUAAGUUUCGGCUGGACUUGGAAAGAAACAUGUCGAUUAUUGGGAAGAGGUUGCCACUUUACGUGAAAUACGAAGUUGGAGUGGACAACGCAGGAGUUAUUCAAUACAUGGACUCCCAAUUGUAUUCUGAUAAUGGAUCCAGCGAAAAUGAAGCUGUGGACCCGUUGAUAGUCAAUAUGUUUCCGAGUGGCUACAUUUCCGACACUUGGAAUUUCAAGACGCACACCGUCAAGACUGAUACUUCAUCUAAUUGUUCGGCUAGAGCUCCCGGUACUGCUGAAGGUUUAGCAGCCAUCGAAGCUAUUAUGGAACACGUAGCCACCGAACUGGGGAUGGACCCCUAUCAGUUGAAAUUCAAUAAUUUUAAUAAAGACAAACACAAACUGCUGGUAGAGUUUUCAAGUGAAAUGGAAUCUCUGGCGAAUGUUACUAAAAGGAAGCAAGAUGCGGCUAAAUUCAAUAAGGAGAACCGUUGGAAAAAACGGGGCAUUUCAGUUGUCCCAAUGGUGUGGCCUUAUGACGUUCACAGUAAUUUUGCGGUGAUCGUGUCCAUUUUCCACUCUGAUGGGAGUGUUGCAAUCGCCCAUGGUGGUAUUGAAAUGGGACAAGGGAUUAACACUAAGGUAGCCCAAGUAUGUGCUUACAAACUGGGCAUUCCAAUCGAAUUGGUGUCUGUUAAGCCCUCUAACACGUUGGCAAAUCCCAAUAGCUUCGCAUCUGGUGGAAGUAACACCACCGAAUCAGUUUGUUGGGCCUUGUUGAAGUGUUGUGAUAUACUGCUAGACCGUAUGAAACCAAUUAAAGACAAAAUGAUCAACCCAACGUGGGUUCAACUGGUUAAUAAAUGUCAUGAUGAAUAUGUUUUUUUAAGCGCCAAUUCCAUGUAUCGUGCAGAACCACCACAAAUCGUAAACUAUCCAAUUUAUGCGAUAGCAACCACAGAAGUCGAGGUGGACAUUUUAACAGGUCAAAUGCAAAUAACUGACGUAGAUAUUAUAGAAGAUGUAGGUGACAGUAUGAACCCCCUUAUUGAUAUGGGGCAACUUGAAGGGGCUUUCGUUAUGGGAUUAGGUUAUCACACAAAAGAAAAAAUUAUACUCAGUCCACAAGGUGAAGUUUUAACGAACAGAACAUGGAACUAUUAUCCACCGGGAAUGAAGGACAUUCCCGUUAAUUUCAGAAUAAAAUUUCCGUCGAAUAAUCCAAAUAAAGUCGGCGUUUUGCACUCUAAAGCCAUCGCUGAACCACCGUUAUGUUUGUCCGUAUCUGUGGCACUGGCAAUAAGGAAUGCAGUGGCAUCGGCCAGAUUAGAUGCGGACAGUUCCGUAGACAAAUGGUUUAAAUUUGAUGGAUGCACAAAUAUUGAACAAACAUUUUUGGAAAGUUUAAAUGUUCCAAAGGAUUAUAUACUUUAGAUCUGUGUACAGCAGUAAAUUAAUUUGUUACUCGAUAAAUAAAAAAAACAGUCGAAUUGUAAAACUCAUAUAUUUUAAAUAAUUCCAAAACAACAUAAUUUACGUUAAAAAUUUACAUACAUAUAUUUUACAUAUCACAAUAUUUAAAUAAUGAA